GGUUUGACGAUCAAGGUCGCGGUAAUGGCUUCCUAGGCAAGACUACUUUGUUUAUGCCGCCGUGUGGACCCUAGUAGCUGUGUUUAGUGUGCUUAAUGUACAUUAUAAUACAAACCUGCACGUUUUUGAAGAAAGCUCAGAAUCUGACACCUUCGUACCGCGAGUUUCUCGCCGAUGGGGCUGAGUUGUAUGGCUGAAUGAGGCUAUCGCCUAUGAUAGCGUAGAAGGAUGAACUCAAUCGCCGGUCGGGAUCUCUCAGUGUCCGCUGGAGCUGUCAGCAGCAACCCCGGAGCAGCGUCCUCCAGAGUCCUGCAUGUGGAGCUCACAUCACAACAGAGGCGUUUACGUCACUUGCGGAGCAUAGCGGCUCGUAACAUUGUGAACAAGAAUGGCUCUCCUCUGCUUGACACUUACUUCAGCCUUCACCUCUGCCAGGAAGAACGGAUAUCACGAGAUUUUUAUAAGAGUGAAGUCAUCCGAGACUCAUUGAACCCGACAUGGCGAAGCUUAGAUUUUGCCAUGCUGCCGGACCUCUUGGACAUGUCUGUGUCGUGUUUUGUGGUGAGAAUAUGGGGUGGGAGGGAAGAACAAUACCAACUGCUUAUUGAGUGGAAGGUCAACCUAGAUGGGCUCAGAUACACAGGACAACAGAUUCGCUCCAGAAAUCCAAAUGAGAUCAUCUUUGGACUGAACGAUGGCUACUAUGCAGCUGAGUUUGAUCAGAAGGAGAAUUCUGACAAGAAGAAGAACAGUUUGCUCCAGGUGGACCAGAGCUCUGUCAGAAACUCCUACAGUGUUUUCUCUUUACUGAGGCUUCACACAGCCCAGAGAGCCAUUAAGCAGACUCAGGUGACGGUUCAGAAGAUCGGAAAGGAAAUUGAAGAGAAACUGAGGACAACAGCGUCCUGCACAGAAAAGAAAAAAGAGAGGGAGUGUAUGCAGCUACAUAUCGGGAUUCUGAGGUGUGAGUUGGAGAGACAGAGGAAGGCGUUGACGAGAGAAAUGGACUUGAUGCAGAAAGAGAGAGCACAGCUUGUAAAGAAAGAGGAGGCGUCGUCUACCAUGCACCAGGGUCUGGAGUCUGAACGCAAGUCUUUGACGGAGUUGCAGAAGGAAUGCACUGCCAAAAGAGAGCUGUUUCUGAAGUCUAACGCCCAGCUCACCUUCCGCUGUCGUCAGCUCAUAACAGAGCUUUCCUACAUUUAUCCCAUUGAUGUGAACAAUCAGAACGAUUAUGUGAUUUGUGGUGUUAAACUGCCCAAUUCUGAAGACUUUCAAGCAAAGGAUGAUGGGAGUAUUGCAGUGGCUCUGGGUUACACGGCACACCUGGUGCUGAUGAUGUCGUGCUUCCUGCAGAUUCCGCUCAGGUAUCCAGUCAUCCACAAGGGUUCCCGUUCCACCAUCAAAGACACCAUCACCGACAAACUCACAGAGAAGGAGCGAGAGUUCCCGCUUUAUCCCAGAGGAGAGCGUUUCCAGUUUGAAUACGGUGUCUAUUUGCUCAACAAAAACAUCGCCCAGUUGAGGUACCAGCAUGGGCUCUCCACCCCAGACCUACGUCAGACUUUACCCAACCUCAAAAACUUCCUAGAGCAUGGACUACUUGUAAGAUGUGACAGGCACCAUGUCUCCAUGUCCAUCCCCGUCCCUCUGAAGUCUCAUCUCAGCGUUUCCACCGCAUCCGAAGUGGGAUUUCCGACCCUCUCCAGUUCACCUGAACGGGACGUCCAGAAGCGGUCUGGCUCAGAUGCGGAUAAACAGAAAUACCGAACCCCUCCGCCUAGUUACAACACCACUAUGGCACAACCUGAUCCCAUGACCACUCCGGAGAUUCCAUCAGCGCCGUCCACGGAUCCCAUGACCACUCUGGAGAUUCCAUCAGCGCCGUCAACGGAGAUUGCGAGCGUGGAAGUAGGUAAGACUGUAGAAACUCAUGGGGAUGGAGAGACUGUUCCCGAGGCACAUACGGAGAAACCUCUGGAAGUACCUACAGACAUAGCCAGUACAUUACUCUCUGACUCCUCACCUCAGCACGCAGGGGCCAUGAACGGCUCGGCCGUGCCCAGCGGGGGUAUGGGAUUGGGUGUUGCGAGCAGAGGUGAGCUGUGCUGCUCCGUAGAGCAGGCGGAGGAGAUUAUGGGCACUGAAGCCACGGGGCUGGGAUUGGGACUAGGAUUAGGGUUGGGAUUGGGAGGCGGCGCCAGACUGGACGAUUACCCAUGCAUCCCGGUGGAGCACGCCAUCGCAGUCGAGUGCGACGAACAGGUUUUGGGAGAGUUCGACGCCGCCGGGAUCGAGGAGGUCUCGCGGCGCAUCUAUGCACUAGAGAACAUGUCUAGCUUCCGACGGCCUCGGAAGAACUCUGAAAAAUAACUGGGAGACAGGACGUGGCCCUGGAAAAACGGGUCAGAGAGUGACGGGUGUCCAAGUUGGUUGGUGACACAAGGCUGAGCCUGCGUAAUAUUUCACCCUGACUGCAACAAAUAUAGACAUUACAUAAAGAAAUAUAUUAUUAUUAAUAUUGUUAUAAUACUCAUUAAUAUUAUUAGGAAAUAUCUGGAAUAUUGACCAAUUUGCACUUCUCAAAGCAUUUCUAUAAUCCUUUAAAGUGAAAUAAAGAGAAUGUUUGUGGUUGAAA